AUGUUCUUCAUAGGCUGUGGUAGUUCCCCAAAAUAUCUCAGUCGUCUUCUCACCAAUCGCUCUAGUGAACUCAGGCGUGUAGAACUUAUUUCAGCAUUAUCGAUCGACAAUACCUUUAUGGAUCCAAAAUUGAAAGAUAGUUUCUUUUUCAAUUCUCUCUUUGCGUCGGCCUAUGUUCGACCUGCCAUUGCCAGUGGAACUGCCUCGUACGUACCGAUCUUUCUCAGCGAAAUGCCUCGUCUCUUCGACGACAACAUCCUCCCACUCGAUGCUGCUCUCAUUCAAGUUUCACCUCCCGAUCGACAUGGCUACUGUUCGCUCGGUAUCUCCGUUGAAAUCACACGAGCAGCACUAAGAAAUGCGAAGAAGGUAUUUGCUCAAAUCAAUCGGUGCGUGCCGCGAGUACACGGCGAUACAUUCGUUCACAUCAAUGACAUCGACGCGUAUGUCGAACAUGAUGAACCACUCGUAGAAUUAGACUACUCAUCGGAGAUUACUGAUGUUGAAAGGCAGAUUGGCCAACGAGUCGCUGAGCUCAUUGAGGAUGGAAGUACCCUGCAAGUGGGAGUUGGUACUGUUCCUGACUGCGUGCUCAAGAGCCUCGAAAAUCACAAAGAUUUAAGCAUUGCUUCGGAAAUGAUAUCUGAUGGUGUUGUCUCGCUAAUUCAAAAAGGUGUAGUCACCAAUCGAUACAAGAAAUUUCAUCCUGGAAGAACAACGGCAACUUUCAUCUUAGGAACGAAGCAAUUCUACGAUUUCGCUGAUGACAAUCCGAACGUUCUUCUGAUAGAUGUCGGAAUCACCAACGACCCCGCACAAAUUAGAACGAAUCCGAAGAUGUGUUCUAUCAACUCUGCACUCGAGAUUGACCUCACCGGUCAGGUCUGUGCCGAAUCGCUCGGCACAGCACACUAUUCGGGUGUUGGCGGCCAGAUAGACUUCAUGCGUGGCGCUGCUCUUAGUCCUCAAGGCAAACCUAUUCUUGUUCUACCAUCACAAACGACCAAGGGCAUCUCACGAAUCGUCAACACGUUGAAAGAAGGUGCGAGUGUGACGACAACUCGUGCACAUGUUCACUAUGUGGUGACGGAGUAUGGUGUCGCGAACUUAUUUGGCAAGAACUGUCAACAGCGAGCGAGAGCAUUGAUAAACAUUGCACAUCCGAAUCAUCGCGAAACACUGGAACGUGCUGCGUUUCAACGAUUCAAAAGAUGUGCUGCAACGCCACAGCAUCUUAAUCGCUUACUCGCUAAGCGUGCUAAUGAACUGAAACGCGUGGAGGUGAUGGGCAUUCUUCCACUUGAUAACACUUUUACUGAUGUAAAAAUGAAAGACAGCUUCUUUCUCAAUUCUCUCUUUGCGUCGGCCUAUGUUCGACCUGCCAUUGCCAGUGGAGCUGCCUCGUAUGUACCAACAUUUCUUAGCGAAAUGCCUCGCCUCUUCGACGAAAACAUCCUCCCACUUGAUGCUGCUCUCAUUCAAGUUUCACCUCCCGAUCGACAUGGCUACUGUUCGCUCGGCAUCUCAAUUGAAGCUACAGGAGCCGCAGUACGAAACGCAAAACACAUCAUUGCACAGAUUAAUAAAAACAUGCCGCGAGUACAUGGUGACACAUUCGUUCACAUCAAUGACAUCGACGCGUAUGUCGAACAUGAUGAACCACUCUUCGAAGUAGACUAUUCACGGGAUAUUACUGAUGUUGAAAGGCAGAUUGGUCAACGAGUCGCCGAGCUCAUUGAGGAUGGAAGUACCCUGCAAAUGGGAGUUGGUACUGUUCCUGACUGCGUGCUCAAGGGCCUCGAAAAUCACAAAGAUUUAAGCAUUGCUUCGGAAAUGAUAUCUGAUGGUGUUGUCUCGCUAAUUCAAAAAGGUGUAGUCACCAAUCGAUACAAGAAAUUUCAUCCUGGAAGAACAACGGCAACUUUCAUCUUAGGAACGAAGCAAUUCUACGAUUUCGCUGAUGACAAUCCGAACGUUCUUCUGAUAGAUGUCGGAAUCACCAACGACCCCGCACAAAUUAGAACGAAUCCGAAGAUGUGUUCUAUCAACUCUGCACUCGAGAUUGACCUCACCGGUCAGGUCUGUGCCGAAUCGCUUGGCACAGCACACUAUUCGGGUGUUGGCGGCCAGAUAGACUUCAUGCGUGGCGCUGCUCUUAGUCCUCAAGGCAAACCUAUUCUUGUUCUACCAUCACAAACGACCAAGGGCAUCUCACGGAUCGUCAACACGUUGAAAGAAGGUGCGAGUGUGACGACAACUCGUGCACAUGUUCAUUAUGUGGUGACGGAGUAUGGUGUCGCGAACUUAUUUGGCAAGAACUGUCAACAGCGAGCGCGAGCAUUGAUAAACAUUGCACAUCCGAAUCAUCGCGAAACACUGGAACGUGCUGCGUUUCAACGAUUCAAAAAUAUUUAUUAA